AGUAUCCUUUUCCCUCGAGCCAACCUUAACCCUAAUUAAAAGUGCCAAGUGGAGUGAAGUAAAGCUCUGACGUGAUGGUGCAGAGGCAGUUGAGGCUCCAGCAGGAUCAUGGGUAGUGAGAGCUGGACUCUCAGCUGGCUCGGCCUUGGACUUGGCAGCAGCCGCCUACUGUCGCUGGGAGCAGAUGGCCUCCCCCUCAGAGUCAGGCGUCAGCUGUUCACACGAGCACAGGUCGGACUCUGAGUCUCACACGGGGAACAACACAGUCACACAGACUCCUGUCAGCUCGCUACGUCAUGGUUUACUGGAAUUUGACAAACUACCACUGAAGAAAGUUUUUGUUUCUCUGCUGAAGCUCACAUUUACUCUGAAGAUGUGUCAUUCCAGGCUGAUGUCUCUGAUAUUACCAUAACACAUAUCCGUGCAGUAGCUGGUUAUCUGCAAUCUCAUGUUGUCCAGCUUGUUGGCGAGAAAGCGAGCAUUAGUGACAGAGGUGGAAAAAGUAUUCAGAUCCAUUACGUGCACAACAGGAAACCGUUUAGAACAAGUUCUUCGUUCAGGAGCUUCCUCUUUCCCUCAACGCCACAUGCGGGACGUCCCAGUUUCCCCCCGUCAAUGAACAAAGACAAACUGCACAGCAAUAGAAGCAAUAAUCCUGUUAAAGAUGGCAGCCACUUCACUCUAUGUCACUGAGGAGCCAGGAUCUGGCUUAGCUGAGGUGGACAUGUGUACGCUUGAGAUUAAUAUCAAGUAUGAAGUCAUCCCAUCCAUUGUCUGCUCUGUCUGCCUUUCAUUCGGCCUCAUCUACACCUUCUUCGGAUACCGCUGCUUCAAGAUGGUCAUGUUCUUCUCUGGAUUCAUGUUCGGCUCAGCAGCCGUUCUCCUGUUGUACCAGAAGGAGCCCAUGUUUGACGCCCAGCUCGGGUCAGAGACGAAGGCGGGGAUCGGCCUCGGCGUGGGCGUGCUCUGUGGCCUGACCACCAUGCUGGUUUCCACUAUAGGACUCCUUCUGAGCGGCCUGCAGCUGGGGAGCCUGCUCUCCCUCGCCGUCCUGGUGGUCGUGGGACAGUUUCACAGCCUCACUCCAGUGUGGGUGCCUCUCUGUGUCGUACUGGCUGCCGGCAUCGUCACCGCUCUCUUCACACUUCAGUGGCAGAAACUGUUCACCAUCAUCUACACGUCUGUGUUUGGAGCCACCACUGUGACGCUGUGUCUAGAUUACCUGGUGGGGGCAUUUACGCUACCAGAUCAGGUGUAUGAUAUGUUUUGUCAAAAUGCCCCACACCAACUGUGCUGGUUUAACUGGGCCAUCACUGGGAUAUUGCCCAUUAUGGGUCUGAUAGGUGUGUUGGUGCAGUGGAGGUUUACUGCCAAAGGAAUUUCACACACAGAAGCUGCACACAAAAAACAGAGGAAACAUUCAAAGAAGCACAGAUAUAGAGAGUCAAGGAGAAGACCUCAACCAUCCCGCCGACGCAGGCCUCCACCGCUGAAACGCUACGCUGGGGACGUCUUGGCACCGAGUUACCUCCAGAGCCUUCAGGAGCGCCAGAUGGGAACAGGCUCCUCCACCAGCAGCGUCAGCACCAUCACACACACUCUAAUUGACUUUGACUUUGAGACGGGCUCCAUGGUGCCUCUAACCGCCGCCUCGCCUGUCUUUACAGUCUGAAGGAACACGGCAUCCAAUGUCUGCAACCUGCACAUAUCUGAGGAAUCCAUUACCUCAAACUGAUAAUUAAACAUUCCUUUGAAGUGUUUACUUCACAAAAAACAAUUCAGCCUUUUUCUGCUGCCGGGUAUGAAUCCAGAUAAUCAUCAACAUGCACACGCUGUGAUAUGAGAGGCUCAGAUGUCCUCCCCCGGAUGAUGACAACACACAGACUCGGGAUCAUCACUUCAGUUUAUCUCACAGAUAAACACUCGAGCUGUUUUCAUUUACAGGAUAAUCUUUUACUCUACAGAUAUUAUAUUACAGUGUGUCUCUAUUAGACUGGGUUGUAAUUCUGCUCAAGUUCAAGUAUUACACUUACCAAUAUAUGCAACUAAUCUACAGAUAUACACCAGAAAUAUGGUGAGGGUUGAACAAUAAACCAAUAAAUCACAGAUUUGACAGGAUUAAAACAACUUUAUAGAAUGUUUUCCGAGUAGUGUCUUUUAUAAAUGUCUGUUAGAGCAACAAUAUGUGUGGGUAAAAAAAAUUAAACAUUAAAAAACAUUGUGCAAAAGUAGAGAAGAGACAGUAAUGUAAUAAUACCUACAGUUUGAUAACAAAACCAUUCAGUGUACUGAGCUGCUCAGUGAGGCAUUUAAUUGUUUGUGUAUUACUUUUUAUUUUCCAAGAGAGACAAGGUGACACACACACACACACAUGCGCACACACACGCACACACACACAGCUGUUAUACACACUUGCUAUGUCUGAUGGAGUUGACACAAGUGUUAUUUUACUAAAAUAUUAAAGAACUGUAUAUGACCUACAGUUUGCCUUUAGUAGAGGGGGGGGGG